GUGAAAUUCAUGAAUGUGGCAAAUGGGAUUUGUUUAUAAUUAAUUAACGAAUAUUAUUAUAAAUGAUACAUCCUGAAUUUCCCAAGCGCUUCUAAAAGUUAUUUUACAGAGAAGUUUACAAAAAGCUACCAAGAUUAGUGCCAAAAUGCAGGGCGUGAGCGCUCCUCGCGAGCAGCCUCCGCCAGUCAUCAGUACCAGCUCCACAAUCCUCAGUAUGAGGGAAAAGGAGAAAUACAUAGAAGAUUUCGACUUUCCCUUCUGUGACGAGUCUUCUAAAUAUGAAAAAGUCGCUAAAAUCGGCCAGGGAACCUUCGGAGAGGUCUUUAAAGCACGGGCUAGAAACUCUUCGAAAAAAUUCGUUGCAAUGAAAAAAGUUCUCAUGGACAAUGAGAAGGAAGGCUUCCCGAUCACGGCUUUGCGAGAAAUAAAGAUCCUACAGCUCCUCAAACACGAGAACGUCGUUAAUUUGAUAGAAAUAUGCAGAACAAAGGCAACAUUGCAUAAUAAAUAUAGGUCGACAUUUUACCUCGUCUUUGACUUCUGUGAACACGACUUGGCUGGUUUAUUAUCAAACAUGAACGUCAAAUUUAGCUUGGGAGAGAUUAAAAAGGUCAUGCAGCAGUUAUUAAAUGGUUUAUAUUACAUACACAGUAAUAAGAUAUUACAUAGAGACAUGAAAGCUGCCAAUGUGUUAAUAACCAAGAAUGGGAUUCUUAAACUGGCUGAUUUCGGUCUAGCGAGAGCCUUUAGUGUUGCCAAGUCUGGACAAGUGAAUAAAUACACAAAUAGAGUGGUAACAUUGUGGUACAGGCCUCCAGAACUGCUAUUAGGUGACCGAAACUACGGACCUCCAGUGGACAUGUGGGGUGCAGGUUGCAUCAUGGCGGAGAUGUGGACACGGUCACCCAUCAUGCAGGGCGCCACUGAACAGCAGCAGCUGAUCCUGAUCUCCCAGCUCUGUGGGUCGUGCACCCCGGACGUGUGGCCCGGCGUUGAAGCCCUAGACCUGUACAACAAGAUGGAACUGCCCAAGGGUCAGAAGAGGAAAGUUAAGGAAAGGCUAAAGCCGUACGUGAAGGACCCCUACGGCUGCGACCUGCUGGAUAAGCUUCUACAGCUAGAUCCGGCAAAGAGGUACGACGCCGACACCGCGCUGAACCACGAUUUCUUCUGGACGGACCCGAUGCCGUGCGAGUUGGCGAACAUGCUCGCCCAGCACACGCAGAGCAUGUUCGAGUACCUGGCCCCUCCCCGCAGGCCCGGGCACCUGAGGCACCACCACCACGUGGCCGGGGCGGCGCCCAAGCCCCAGGCCUCCGUGCAAGACUCGGGGUACCAGGACCGCGUGUUCUGAGUCACGGGUCCAAGUAUACGUCAUUGUCAAUAGGU